AUGGCUGCCAGUGCGAAGCGGCCCGAAAUCAUUGAGCUGUCCCGCGAUCUGCGGGGCAUCCCGCAGUGCGACGACUACGAGCGGAUGAUCUCAGGAAUGAUGUAUAAUCCAUUGAUCCCCAAGCUUGCCGAGGCACGUCAUCGUUGCCGAGGCCUGGCGGACGACUACAACCAACUUGACACCAAAUCCAUUCCUUAUGAUCAGAUCGCCGACAAACGACUGGACCUGCUGCGCAAAGUCUGCGGUAAAGUCGGUGACAACACAUUUGUGGAACCACCGUUCCGACCCGACUACGGCUGUAAUAUCAUCAUCGGCAAAGAUUGCUUUGUCAAUUGGAAUCUGACUGUGUUGGAUACAAGUCUCGUUGUCAUUGGCGAUCGAGUCCAGAUCGGCACCGGAGUGAGUCUUUUGACCGCCGGACAUGACACGAGUAUUCUCUCGCGUCGGAAAUUCGUCGAAUUCGGCCACCCAAUCUUUAUUGAAGAUGACUGCUGGAUUGGUGCCAAUGUGGUGAUUCUGCCUGGCGUGCGCAUCGGCCAGGGCUCAACUAUAGGUGCGGGAUCGGUCGUCACCAAGGACAUUCCACCGUUCUCCGUGGCUGUGGGGACUCCCUGUCGUGUGAAGAAGACUAUUCAGUCCGCGGAAGAGGAGGAACAAGAUCCUAAUAACCCCUACCGCGACCUUGUGCGUGAGUUCUAG